AUGGCACUUUUCCUGCUCUGCAGGACACCUACAGGUACAGUCAGAAUGACCAGGGUACAGCUCCUCCUGUGCUGCUUUCUCCUGUCUCUUAUCAUCUACUUCUUCAAUGGACAUAAAGUUUCUGUCAGUCUGAAGGCAGCUCCUCCAAUUAAUCGUGCUUCAAGAAUGGAAGAAGGAAAAAUACUGGAAGACAUGACGGUGAUCAAGGCAGCAAAAGCACAAAAUCCCAAUGAGACACCAUGGGGAGCUCCUAUAGUGUGGGGCGACAGCCAAAAGUCAGCGUUUCAAAGAAUCAAAUUCUCAGAACAAGGAGUCUCCGUUGGUCUGCUGAUCCUUGUGGUGGGAACUUACGCCCGGUUCGUCCGACCUUUCCUCUCCUCGGCUGAAAUCUAUUUUCUUCCAAAUCAAAUGGUCACAUAUUUUAUUCUCACUGACAAUCCUCGUACUCUGGAUCCAUCGUUUGAGCUGGGACCUGGGAGGCAGAUGAAAGUGCUCCUGGUUGCAGAACUGCCUGGGUGGGAAAGGUUGGCUUAUCGUCGGAUGGGGCUGUUCUCUGAUGCCAUCCAGGAUUUGAUUGGUAAAGAGGUCGAGUACAUCUUCUGCGCUGAUGUGGACCAGGAGUUUGUGGGCCCAGUGGGGGAGGAAAUCCUCGGAGACCUAGUGGCUACCUUGCACCCAGAAGUUUAUGGCAUGUCGCAGAACAUGUUUCCUUAUGAGGAUCAAGAAGUUUCAGCAGCUUGCAUAGAGGAGGAUGAAGGGGACUACUAUUACACCUCAGAGUUUUACGGCGGGUCGGCGCCUGAGAUGAGCAGACUCACUCGUGGCUGUGCUCUGCUUCUUCUUCAGGACCAGGCAAACAGAGUAACAGCCAGAGGCCUUGAGGAAAGCUACUUGAACCGCUACUUGGUUGACCACAGACCGACCUGCGUGUUGUCACCAGAGUACAGCUGGUGGGAUUCACCCCUGACUGUUUGUGUGCCUAAUAAAAGGCUUGUCUCUUUUGGAAGGCAAUGUGAGGUGUUUGACAUGGAGAAGAAAGAACAGCAGAAAUGUUGA